UACCCUCCGGACACAAGCCAAGUUAAUAGACACAAUAUUAAAGUAGAAUAUACCACUAAUAUACGUAGUAAUAACGAAUCUUCGCUUCUAAGUGAAGUUCUUGGCACAGUAAAUAUAGACAGGUAG